CAGGGAGCGUCUGUUUCCCUGCGGGUGCCGGAGCGGGGAAGCUUCCGCGUUUCAAGUUUCUCGCCGCGAAGUUUGUGCGUGUUUUCUUUCCCUCCCCCACGGUGUGGUUCGACGAGCGGCCGCCGCGGAGCCCAGCGGAGCCGUGUGCGUGGCCGCCGCCUGGGACGGGAGGGGAGGGCGCCCAUGGCCGCGCCGUGAGCGGCGGGGAAUGUCUCGGCUCGGGGGCACGGCGGCGCCGGGGGCGGCAGAGCGGCGGCCUCUCCCUCAGCCCUCCCCGCGCAGGUGAGGCGGAGAGCACAGGCGCUGCGCCGGCGGGGCCCCAGCGGCCGCCCCUCACCCCAGCGAGCCAGGCGGCGCCCAGCCGGCCCCGGGCAUGGACGGCCCAGCUGGGCAGGCAGCGGCUGCCCCGCCGCCCGCAGGAAGAAAAGCUAAAGCACCUCUUCCUCCAUCUGAAGCAAAAAACAUUGAUGUUUCUCCUUUUGAUGAGACAGAAUCAGCCAACUUCACCAUGGAGCAGAAAGAGAAUGUAAUUGAUAAAGACAUUGAACUAUCAGUGGUCCUGCCAGGAGAUGUGAUCAAAUAUACUACAGUUAAUGGCAGGAAACCCAUGAUGGACUUGCUGAUCUUUCUCUGUGCACAGUAUCGUUUAAAUCCAUCAGGUUAUACUAUCGAGUUAAUGUCAGCAGAAAAUAGUCAGAUUAAAUUCAAACCCAACACACCAAUUGGAAUGCUUGAAGUGGAAAAGGUGAUUGUAAAGCCAAAACAAAUGGAUAAGAAGAAACCUGCUCCAGUGAUACCAGAGCAAACAGUAAGAGUAGUCAUAAACUACAAGAAGACACAGAAGACAGUAGUAAGAGUUAGUCCGCAUGCACCCCUUCAGGAACUCAUACCAGUUAUCUGUAGUAAAUGUGAGUUUGAUCCUUCACACACUAUACUGUUGAAGAAUUACCAGUCUCAGGAAGCCCUGGAUUUGGCAAAAUCUCUUAAUGACCUUGGGCUGAGAGAAUUAUAUGCCAUGGAUAUCAGUCGAGCUGCAUCACCAGCUGAUUUAAAUUUGCCAUCUUUACAAGACUCCCACCAAAUGUCUGAAAACUUAGAUGCUUUGAAGGAGAAAGAAAACAGAGGAUUUUUCGGUUUUUUUCAACGAAGUAAGAAGAAACGAGAACAAGCUGCCAGUGCUCCAGCAACUCCACUGAUGAGCAAGCCAAGGCCAACUUUUAUCACAAGAUCUAACACUGUUAGCAAGCAGUAUGAUUCAAGCACUUUGCCGUCUGAAAUGCCAAAGAAACGGAGAGCUCCUUUACCACCUAUGCCAGCUUCUCAGAGCGCCCCCCAGGAACUUGCACAUGCCCAGGUCAAAACGGCGUCUGCUAUUGUGAAAUCUAACAGUCUUGAUGGGAAUGAACAGGCCCCUCCAGGACUAGAAGUAGUAAGAAAGGGCUCUCUGCCGUUCAGUGACACAGCUUCUGUGAACUCCUCUUUACGAAGAAUGAAGCGCAAAGCACCUUCACCACCCUCUAAAAUGCCAGAAGAUCAAAGUGAAAGCAUUAAUGAGACUGUAACAUCAUCGACAGAAGUAACCCCUGCUAAGGGUACUGUGGAAGAGAAAGCCACUGAAACACAGUCUGAAACAGCUGGAAGGAGCUCUGAAUACAGUCUGGAAGAAAUUGAUGAAAAUGAAGAGAUGAGUGUGCAACAGAGAGAGGAAACUGAAAUUACAAAAACCUCUCUCAGGACAGGAGAGGUUACUGCAACCCUAAGCUCUACUGAGGUACCAUUGGAAACAGAGAAAAAAGAUCCUGCUUCAUCAGCUCCAAUUCCUGGCAGUGUUUCUGUAGACAACUUACAAAGCCUCAAGGAAGAAAAACAAGAAGAUAUUAGCACAGAUGGCAAAGGACUGCAGACUAAGAUAAGCAGUGAGCAAGCUGCAUUUGAAAAAGACAGGAAACUCAGAAUUUUGGAUCAAAAUAAAAAUAAUGAUCACAGUGAUACAAAACUCCUUGCAAGAGCAGAAGAAGGAAAAGAACUUCAGACAACAGAAAUUACUACAGUAGAUCUUAGAGAAAAUAACAAGCUUGAAAUUGACAGACUAUCAAACUGCCAGGCAUGUAAAAACGACAUCUCUGUAAGUCAUAGGAAUUAUCCUCAAGUGAUUCCAGGGAUGCAGGAUCAAAAGUCAAAUCAAAACAGCCUGGAUACAGUAAAAACUCAGGAUGUUGCAAUUCAGACAGGUCCAUCAGAGAGCAAUUUGGGAAGAACUACACUCAAGGAAAUGAUUGUUCCUCAAGACUGUGAGUCAUUCAGGGGCUUGGCCCAUCAACACAAUACAAACAACCCCCUUCUCCAACUGAAGCAUGGAGUACAAGAGGAUGAAGAAAUUUCAACAGAAUUAAACCUUCAGAGGAAAGAAGUUACUCCUGAAAAAAUAAAUCAUAUAAAAGAUCAAAGUUACAGUUCUACAAAUAGCGAUAAUGUUGUUUCACCAGAAACAACUGCAAAAAUUCCAGAUGACUCUCCUUUAAAAGGUUACCCUCUUUAUCGACAGGACACCAAACCUAAACCUAAGCCCUCUAAUGAAAUUACAAGAGAUUACAUACCAAAAAUUGGGAUGACUACUUAUAAAAUAGUGCCUCCAAAAUCCUUAGAAACAGAGAAGAACUUAGAAUCAGAAAUUCCAUCAGAUUAUAAAGAUCAGCAGGUAUCUGCUCUGGAAAACUCUCUGAAGCAUGAAGACUCCAAAGAAUUCAUAAUGCAAAAUGAAAUUCCUCAUCUUUCCAAAAGCGUGGAUCAUUUUCAGUUUGGUUCACAAAAUGAACCUCUAGCAGCAAAUGAUCCACUGCACAGAGUGACCAGUAUUUCUGAGCACACUGUGACUUCUCAAGUUGAAAUUACUCCUGAGAGCAAUCAAACAGAAAUGGUGUUUUCCAAACAGCGUAUCCCACUGAUGUUAAGCUUGGAUAAUACAAAUGUUUCUUGUGACACUCAAGACAAAUCAAUUGCGUUAAGUCCUGCAACAAAACCUAAUUCUUUUUUUCUGCAAAUGCAGCGAAGAGCUUCAGCUCAUUAUGUGACAUCUGCAAUUGCCAGAAAUACUGUUUCUGUUCCCAGUUCUAUUCAAAAUGAAGCUAAGAAUACAGACAUAGGAAAAAAAGAUUUGACACCAGAUAAAGCUACUUUUCUUUUACAUAAAGCAAGUAGUUUCUCUCCUCGAGCAGAUGAACAAGAUGAUUACGAAAACAAAAUCGAAUCCUCCACCUCUCCUGUUAAAAGCAAACCUUUGAGUUUUCCCUCCUGUCAACCAGCACCGUUGAACUUAAAAACUCUAAGAACCUUUGCAGUUCCAAAGCCAUAUUCCAGUUCAAGACCAUCCCCUUUUGCUCUUGCUGUCUCAUCAGCAGUCAAAAGGUCACAAUCAUUCAAUAAAACACGUACAAUCACUAGCCAGGCAGCGAGAGAGGAGUUUCCUGUUGAACUGUCCUCUGCAACUUCUGCGGCUGAAUUCUCCUCAGCUACCUCCAUGCCUCAAGUGAAAAACUCUUCCUUACAGAGCAUACUGGGAAGGUCACAAACUAGUCUAACAGAUAAGAAAAGCAGCUGUGUGAAUAGUGAGCAGUUGAGCCAGGUGCAGUCAGGUGCUUCAACUGACCACCCACCCUCUGUCACCAAGAGACAAACUGCGAUGAUGUUCCAGCGCUCUGACCCAGAACAGAUCCACCAAAGCUUGCUGGCUGCAAUCCGUUCUGGAGAAGCUGCUGCCAAAUUGAAAAGGGUUGGUCCUACAUCAACCACUGUAUCUGUCAAUGGAAGAGCCAGGCUUACUCAUUUGUAUUCCACAGAAGCAAAAGCUAAUCAUUAGAUAGUAUACCAAAUAUUUUGCACUUUACUACUGCUUCAUAGGCCAACUCAAUACUAACUACGAAUUAUUGAAAGUAUAAAUGCAAGUAGAUGUUAAUAUAUUUGUGUUAAUUGGUAUAGGAAUUUCACACUGGGUCCUUUGCCCAGGAAAGAUUAUUAGACUAUAUAAAUUAUGGUAAUAUUUUGCCUUUUUCUCUUUAUAAAGCUGACAAUGCUGCUAAAAAGGUUUAAGAGAAGGUGCAGAUGAGCUUCACUGGUGUUGGAAUGAGAAUCAAAAAUUGUUGAUUUCAGCCUUUAAGGCUGAACAAUAUGUAGCAGUGUGCUGAAAGUACAGAUUUCUCUAAAUGUAAGAAUUUUAGAUCAGUAAUUUUGUAAUUGUGUAAUACUUUAACAGAUUGUAUGAAUUUAAAUCUACCAAAUGUUGCCUCCAUAUUAUUUUGUUAAAUUAAAUUUGUAAUUAGUAGAAAAUCUUAAUUAUACUCAAUACUUUUGCUUCUCUUAGAAAACAGAUACUUGGUUUUGUUCCUUCAGCUGAAGUAGUUGGGAUAAGUAUUUUGAUUUUAAAUCUUCCUUAUUCCUAAGGAAGCACAAAGCAAAUUGGGACAUAAAUUAUGGGAAAUUCUUGUACUACUUAAAAACUUUUCAUAACACUAGGACUACACAACUCUUCUCAUCUGCUCUUUGAGUACCUGUAUAUAGUAUUAACCUAGUAUUCAGAUACACAAUCUCUUUCGUGAACUAGAUAUAUUUUAAAAUAGUCAUCAGCGUAUAGUCACUCACUGGUAAAAUGCAAAUUCUGGUUUUGAUACUUAACGAAAUAGAAAAAGUUUUCACUGGAAGUAUGACUAAAGAAUGAACUGCUUUGGACUUAUUGUGUAAAGUAUUUUAAUCUUUAAACAGCACAAUAAUAGAAUUACAAUGCAUACUUGUGGUCUGAGAGCCUCUAUUUAUAAAUUAAGCAUUAGAUACGAAAAUGGGAGCAUAUAUUAAAAAGAAAAUGCUUUAUGUUAUAUUUUAGCAUGUAUUUCCUGUCAAGAUAAUACAUCUUGGGGAGAAGGGUGGAAAUGUGAUCACAGUCAUGAUGAAAUAGCUGGAUUGUGGACACAUGCAGCAAGUGCGGGGCUUUUUGCCAAAUUAAAAUAUUUUCUUGCUGGGCUUGAUUUAAAUAAAAGUAAUUGUAUUAGUUUUUAUUCCUUAACACUAUAUUUAUUUUGUUAUAGAGACAUUCUGUAACUCAGUUUCAGAAGCUGAUUUAUAAUUGUGCAUUUCAAAGGGUUAAUAAUGGUUUGCUGCCAGUUUUUUGUGCAAUAAUCUGAAAAAGCCUAUAUUACUUUUCUAGUAGAGAGUGGAUUAUUGAUUACAAGGAAAACAGUGUUAACUUAAUGAUGAAACCCUUCCAAGAAUGUCCUAGUAAAUAAAAAUUCAUAAAUACAGCUGAUGAACAUUUGUUCAAACCUUACUGUUCUCUCAUGCUUUGUCUUUUAUAGCUUAGUCCUCUAUAAAUGUAUAUUACUGCUUCCUGCUCCUCCCAGUUCUUUCCUCCAAUCAAGAGCUAAUUCCAAAAGGGACCAAAAAAAACCAGCAUGGUAGUUCAGAAGGUCUGUUUCAGGGUCUGAUUGUAAAAGAAUGCUUCAUCCAUCGCUUGAAAAAUGGGGAGGCGAAAGAGGUAGAUACUUGUGGUUUUUUUUCCCUACUGGGGGGUUAGUUUUUCUAGAUUUCACUGCGUCCUGAGGGACAAACUUGAAAAUUAUAGCUCUCUCCCAGGAAUUUAAUAAAUAAAAAUGUCAGUGGUCAUUGUAAUAUUGGAAUUCCACGUUUCAAACACUACUGUACAAUAUACUGACCUAUGACUGUCACAGAGAGGUUGCACUGCUUAAGGAAUCUCCUCGUCACUUUGUCCACUUUGGGUGGGAGAGGGUUAUGUGCUCGAUUUUAGACCUUUGUGUUUUCUGCCAAAGAUGACUAAAGUUAUUUCACACAACUAAUUUCAUCUCCAUGCAUAAUGAUACAAGAUUACAUGACAUUUUCAAUUUCAGUUGGACCUGUGGAAUCAGGUUAUUCUGGGUUGGGGGAAAGAUCAAAUAACGUUACUUAGUUGUUGUUUUCUUUGGCUUUGACUACAAAACUAAACUACUGUAUAUUCCUUAGUACCAUAUGUUAAAAGUACAUUGCCCUUUUAUGUGAACUCCUAAGGGCAAAACACCAUGUUAUGUUAGAUAUUCAAACUACAAACAUUUUGCUUUAAUUUUACAGUCUCUGGUCUUUGUAAUUGAACUUGCUUGAUACUUAACUGAAAUGUCUGCACACAAUAGUACUGUGAAAUUGUUAACUGGGAUUUUUUGUUACUAGCUGGCAAUAUUGCUCAGCAAAACUUUUUCCCCAUCGUCCAAUAUAUGCGUUUAAGACAUUUUAAGAACUUGCUAUUGUAUAUCUAAUGACUCAUUUCUCCUUAUACUGUUGUAUUAAAUUCUACCAGCAAAACUCUUGGUGAUGAACGUGACAUCUUCAUUCAUUGUUUAAGGAAGAAAAUAUUUUUGCUCAAGUAAUUUAUCAGUUGCUCUAGUACCGGCAAGCUUCAGUUAGACAGCAGUAAAUUUUGGUUGUGGAUGCCUUGUGUAUAGGGGAAAAAGACUUUUUUCUUUCUCAAGAAUACAGUUUGGGCAACGCGUGCUACACAUGCCUUCCAACAGAAAGCCACUAAUUAUGCGACACAACUUAUAAUCUUCUUGCUGUUUCAAAGCAACAGUCAAAAUGUUUGGUGAAGGACGUUGUGCAGACAUUAAUAUAGGUGCGCUGUGACUGUUACGAGUUCUUUGAAGAAGCAGCAGGUACUUGUAGCAUCUUGGUCCACUUCUGUCUCCUGUACGGGAUGGUUGGGAAAACAUCUGGGAUGCUAAAAAUAAACUCUUUAGUAAUUAU